GGCUCCGCCGCAGCGGGGCCUGCUCCGGAGCGAACCAUGUCCGGGCGCGGGCAGGGGAGGCUGCCGACCACCGAGCGCAUCGUCAAGGCGGUGCCGUUCCCCCCCACGCAGCGCCUCAGCCUCAAGGAGGUCUUCGAGGACGGGAGGCCGCGGCUGGACGUGCUCCGGAGCCACCUGGUGAAGGAGGGGCGGCUGGAGGAGGAGGCCGCGCUCAAGAUCAUCAACGACGGUGCCGCCAUCCUGCGCCAUGAGAAGACCAUGAUAGAGGUGGAGGCUCCUAUCACAGUGUGUGGUGACAUCCACGGGCAGUUCUUUGACCUGAUGAAGCUGUUUGAAGUGGGGGGAUCCCCCAACAACACCCGCUACCUCUUCCUGGGGGACUACGUGGACAGAGGCUACUUCAGUAUAGAGUGUGUGCUCUACUUAUGGAGUUUAAAGAUCAACCACCCCAAAACGCUGUUCCUCCUCCGAGGGAACCACGAGUGCAGGCACCUCACAGAAUACUUCACCUUUAAGCAGGAAUGUCGAAUCAAGUACUCGGAGCGGGUGUACGAUGCGUGUAUGGAUACGUUUGACUGUCUUCCUCUUGCUGCCCUCUUAAACCAGCAGUUCCUGUGUGUCCAUGGAGGUCUGUCCCCCGAAAUCACAUGUCUGGAUGACAUUAGGAAAUUAGACAGGUUCAAGGAGCCUCCAGCCUUCGGUCCCAUGUGUGACCUGCUCUGGUCUGACCCAUCCGAGGACUAUGGCAAUGAGAAGACACUGGAGCAUUUUGCCCAUAACACUGUCCGAGGCUGCUCCUACUUCUACAGUUACCCUGCAGUGUGUGAGUUCCUGCAGAACAACAGUUUGCUGUCAGUUAUCCGAGCUCACGAGGCGCAGGAUGCAGGGUACCGGAUGUACAGGAAGAGCCAGACAACCGGCUUCCCGUCCUUGAUCACCAUCUUCUCUGCACCAAACUACCUGGAUGUCUAUAACAACAAGGCUGCUGUACUGAAGUAUGAAAACAACGUCAUGAACAUCAGGCAGUUCAACUGCUCCCCUCACCCCUACUGGCUCCCCAACUUCAUGGAUGUCUUCACAUGGUCCUUGCCUUUUGUAGGGGAAAAGGUCACCGAGAUGCUGGUGAACAUCCUCAACAUCUGCUCCGAUGAUGAGCUCAUCUCGGACGGGGAUGAGACAUUGGAAGGUGGGACAACCGUCCGGAAGGAGAUCAUCCGGAACAAGAUCAGAGCCAUUGGGAAGAUGGCUCGUGUCUUCUCGGUGCUUCGGGAGGAGAGCGAGAGCGUGCUGACCCUCAAGGGCCUGACUCCCACAGGGACACUGCCCCUGGGGGUGCUCUCGGGGGGCAGGCAGACCCUACAGACCGCCACAGUGGAAGCGGUGGAGGCUCGGGAAGCCAUCAGAGGCUUCUCGCCGCAGCACCGGAUCCGCAGCUUCGAGGAGGCUCGAGGGCUGGACCGCAUCAACGAGCGGAUGCCCCCGCGCCGCGAGCACGACGGCUCCACCAACGCUGCCGACAGGGGCAGGAAGGGGCAGUGACCGACAUGGAUUCUAUUUAUUUAUUGGCAUUGGGGGGAGGAGGGUGUUCAGUGGGGGCAGCUGCAGCCCAGCCGCAUCCUGCACCACAUCCCGCUCCGGCUGCAUCCCAACCCAGCCACAUCCCAUCCCGGCCGCAUCCUGCUCCAGCCACAUCCCAUCCCGGCUGCAUCCCUGUGUCACCAGGUGGCUGUUUUGUAAGUCCUUUCUCUGUUAUUUAUGUUCCAUGUCCAAUCCCAACCCAUGUCCUGCACCAGCUGCUGCUGCCUGCCCGGAGCCGUGUGCCAUGCAGGGGGCUCCGGCGGCCUCGCCUCCAGGACGGGGUUGGGUUCCUUGGGCCUCUCCUUCCCCACCUCCUUGUUCCCAGUUUGCUGUUGUUUGCUCCUUGGCCUCCCUGCGUCUGCUGCUUUGGCAACGGCCUCGGUGGCGCAGCUGGCCGGGAUCCAUCCCUCUGCCAAGGUGACACACACAUAGCCGGGAUUAGCUCGAGGGCCUUGCACCAAUCACAGCCCCUUUCCCUUCGGUAGCCCUGGCACAGCCCCAGGCAGGAUGUGUAACCUCUGAGUAAGAGCAGGGAGCGGGUGGGAGGCUCUGCCCUGGGUGCAGGAAUCCAUCGGGAAUCACUCGGGAAUUACCUCCAUCCUCAGGGAUCUGCAGGGUCUGGUGUUGAAGGAACAGGGGGUGAUUGAGAGCUGUGGGUAGCAAUGGAACCAGCACCACAUCCUGCAGAGCCCCUGACCCAUUCCCUUGUGCCCAGCUCUGGAGUCAGCCCUUGUUGCUCAGGAGCUGUGCCCAUGGUGCCCAUGGUGCUCUCGGCUAAGCCAACAUCCGCUCCUGGCAUCCCACAUGUGUUGUGGGGACAUCUUUCACCUCCUGUGGCCACUUGGGCUUCUCCAGCCGCCGGUUACUGUGUGAGACCCAAAGGCGCAGUGGGCACAUGGGCUUAUCCUGGAUGCAGAGGGGGUUUCCCAGCUUGUGAUGGAGCUGAGGGCAGGAUGAGGGAUGGUGCUGCCUGUUCCCAUAGGGAUGGGGCCUGGCCGGGGGCAGGCGGCUCUGCUGCAGAGCCCCAGGGUUAGGGCAGGUAGGAAUGGAUGUGGAUGUGGAUGCAGGAGGAGCAGCUCCCGUGGUGCAGAGCAGGAGGGAGGUGUCUGUGCAGUGUUCAGGUUUGAAGCUUGGAUCUGUUGAGCAAAGUCUCGUUCUUUACAUUAAACUGCCCUGAGGUGAGAGUUCCAAAGGGAUUCUGUGGGUUCCUGUCCUGUUCCUCCCCUCCAUUCUCAUCCCAUGCCGGAGCCCAGGCAGCCGCUUGCAGCCCCUGCUUCACCUCCCCUGUCCCCUGUGCUUGCCCCUGGCUCCAGAUCCUGCUUCCCCUUCCCUGCUUCCCUUGGUGCCCUGGAGAGCGGCAGCUCUGCAGGGAGCUUUGGGACCCCAUGGAUGUGGGGCUGGGUGCUGGGAGCAGGGACUGGGAGCAGGGACUGGGCUCUCCCCUUCCAGAGACGAAGCUGGGGCUGGGGCUUUGGCUUUGCCCCAUUCCAGGCUCUGGCUGGAUAACACUGGGAGCCAUGGAGCGCCUGGGAUGUGUGGAUGCUGUACCCAGUCCUGACCCCCCUUCCCUUGGCUGCAGUUGCUGAGGGGUGAGGAGCAGCACUGGGGGCUCAUGGGCAGUCAUUCCCCCCUGGAUUAACUCAUCCCUUUAACCCUCCCAAUGGGAAACCCCAUCCCCUCCUCACCGGGUCGGGCGAUGGAGACUUUGGCUCCCUCAUCCCCCCCAGACCCUCCUCCUGCCCCCCCAGGAGCUCCCAUCCCUGUAUCCCACCGGAGCUCGGGAGCAGGAGCAGGUCCAUGGGGGCAGUGGGGUCCUGGGGGGGUUGGCCGUGGUUCUUGCAUGUUCUAGAGGUGCAUGUAAAGGGGAGCAGCAAU